AUGUCUAGUUCAAAUCAACCACUUAUUCCCAAACAAAAGUCUUUUAACCACAAAAAUCUAUGUCUUGUCCUCUCCUUUGUAGCCAUUUUUGGCUCUGCAGCUUUCUUUGCAGCCCAGCUUAUCUCCAUUAACACCACUAAUGAUGAUCAUUCCUUAUUAACACCGAGCCAGAUCUGCCAUGGAGCUCACGACCAAGUGUCAUGCCAAGCUCUCUUGUCGGAAUUCACGACGUUGUCGCUCUCGAAGCUCAAACGUCAUGACCUAUUGCACGUGUUCUUGAAGAGUUCAGUGUGGCGGCUCGAGAGCGCAAUGAACACGGUGAACGAGGCUAGAACCCGCUCGAACGGGGUGAGAGACGAGGCCAGUUUUGCAGACUGCCAGGAAAUGAUGGACGUAUCAAAGGACCGACUGAUGAGUUCAAUGGAGGAACUCCGAGGAGUAAACCUUAAACUUGAGUCGUACUCAAACGUUCACACUUGGCUGAGCAGUGUGCUUACAAACUACAUGACAUGUUUAGACGGUAUUAGUGAUGUCUCUGUCGACUCUAAACUCAGAGUCAAGCCAGAGCUUGAAGACUUGGUUUCUAGGGCUAGAGUGGCUCUAGCCAUCUUUGUCUCCGUCUUGCCUGCCAGAGAUGACCUCAAGAUGAUCUAUUCCAUUCACUUCCCGUCUUGGCUUACGGCUCUCGACAGGAAGCUCUUAGAAUCUGCUCCCAGGACACUUGAAGUGACCGCAAAUGUCGUGGUGGCAAAAGACGGCACCGGAGAGUACAAAACAGUAAAUGAGGCGGUGGCGGCAGCACCGGAGAAUAGCAACACAAGAUAUGUUAUAUACGUGAAGAAAGGGGUUUACAAGGAAACUAUUGACAUCGGGAAGAAGAAGAAGAACUUAAUGCUUGUUGGCGAUGGCAAAGAUGCAACGAUCAUAACCGGUAGUUUAAAUGUCAUUGACGGAUCCACCACCUUCAGAUCAGCCACAGUUGCCGCCAAUGGUGACGGGUUUAUGGCACAAGACAUAGGUUUCCAGAACACGGCCGGACCAGCAAAGCAUCAGGCUGUAGCACUCCGCGUGAGUGCUGAUCAAACGGUCAUAAACCGUUGCCGCAUAGACGCGUAUCAAGACACUCUCUACACUCACUCGCUGCGACAAUUCUACCGAGACAGCUACAUAACGGGUACCGUAGACUUUAUAUUCGGGAACUCGGCUGUCGUGUUUCAGAACUGCGACAUCGUGGCACGAAAGCCUGGAGCCGGGCAAAAGAACAUGGUGACGGCUCAGGGACGGGAAGAUCAGAACCAGAACACAGCCAUUUCGUUCCAAAAAUGUAAAAUAACGGCUAGCUCUGAUCUUGCUCCGGUAAAAGGCUCCGUGAAAACAUUCCUUGGACGGCCGUGGAAGUUGUACUCAAGGACAGUGAUCAUGCAGUCUUUCAUCGCCGACCACAUUGACCCAGCCGGUUGGUUCCCAUGGGACGGCGACUUCGCGCUCUCCACGUUGUACUAUGGAGAGUACGCGAAUAACGGUCCUGGAGCGGAUACGAGUAAGAGAGUGACAUGGAAGGGAUUUAGAGUUAUUAGAGACUCGAAGGAGGCCGAUCAGUUUACUGUUGCGAAGCUUAUUCAAGGAGGAUUCUGGCUGAAGCCCACUGGAGUUACUUACCAAGAGGGGCUUUGA